CAGCAGGGCCUUUGGCAGCGUGAAAUCUUUGCUUGCUAAGGGAGGAUUCCGGUUGCUGCAGAGCUAUUUGAAAGGGUGCGCGCCUGAGGUGUGACACUUAAGGGCGAGCAACCCGUGCUGCUCCCCGUAGCGCCGUGCAGCUCUGGGACCGCUCUGUCCAGGCAUAGCUCCGUGCAGAAAUCGCUUAGCGCCAGCGCUGACACUUUGUCUCGAUGUGCCGCUUCCUCGCCCGCAGCCCGAGAACUGCCGCUUUUCUGCCGCGUUCGCCCCGCAGCUUCGGCGGGUGGAGAAGUCCCUUCUCCGUCCCGCGGCAGCGCCCCGGGGAGACGAGCAGCGCGGAGCUGCCCGGCGGUGCCUGCGCUGCUUCCCGCUGCCCUACAGCCGCCUGCCUCGGCGGGAGCCGAUUCUCGCCGCAGGGUGAGGUUUCUGUGUGGGUUCGCUGAUCCGGAGAGAUGGUUAAAUCUGUCCUUAAGAAUCUAAAUUUCUGCUUGCAUGGCAAUGCUGCAUGCAUCACAGAAGAGGACUUGCAUGCUGGUAACAAGGACAUGGUCAAACCAACUACCACACUUGGUCAUUACAAGUCACAGGUAAAUAGCAAGAAACCAAAAAUGGACGCUCAAUUAAUUUCCCCAUUAUUAGGAGCAAUUAGCAGCCCGUCACCUCCGUUAGAAUCUUCCCAGCUGCACAGUGACUGGUCAGCACGUGGAGAAGAUGUUGGCUCCAAAACUUCUUUCCAAGACUGCACCAGAAAACAGGCACAGAUAAAUCUCUCUUAUUCUGGCAAUGGCCCGGAUGUGUUCGGGCUGGUGUCAAGCAUUUUAGAGGAGCCAAACAAGGCAGAACCAGUUACAGACUGGAAUUCUCUGUCAAGAUUGUUUCCUCCAAUGUGGGCAUCUGAUUUAGGGAGCAAUGGUGAAUUCUCAGGGCUUUCAUCUGAGCGCUCCGUAGAUAAUAAGGAUUUCUCAAACGUGACGUCCAUGCAGAACUGCUACCGAGAUCAGCUGCUCAGGUCACACAGCAUGGAGGUGUUGCACAGAGGUUUAGAAGAUCUUUAUCUGAUAGAGUCUUGGCUUUCUCCAUCUGACCCCUGCACUCAGCCUGAUAACGUCCUGAAAAACAGUUAUCCUGAGAAUUCCUCUUUGGAAAAUAAUAAUUCCAUUCUCCAAGAAGGGUAUGCGUUUCAAAGAGCAGAUUAUAAUCAGCAUUUGAGCAGUUAUCACCAGCUGAGCUUAAAUGAAGACUAUGAAAAAAUUGGUCUCAAUUCUAGCACUUCUCAAAACAGAAUUAAGGGUGACACUAGCAUUCAGAAAGGGUGUUGGAAAACUGAAAGAGCAAGGGGCAGCAUCGCAGAAAAUGAUGCAUGUGAACAAACUAAACGUUCUCCUGAUCUUUCUAAUCAGCCUAUUGCUGACUCUUGGGAUAAAGUGUACCAGAACAGCCACUUGUUUUCUAAAAGGUAUGAAAACUUCGCAGCUGCUCAGAAAUCACAGUCCUCUGUUCAUCCAUCGCUGUAUUUUCUCAAUCAACCAACAAAGGAAUGUUCUUCUGGAGUGACAAACAGAAAACCACAGGAAACCCGUGUGCAAAAUGGUCAUCAAAGCUUUACUUUAGGGGAUGCUUUUAAUAAUAAUCAUAAUGAAUGUAAGAACCGUGUUAGUCCUCGAGAGUACUCUCAUAAAAUUUCUGAGUUUGAUUUGCCAGUAAAAAAUACACAAAAUGGGAAUUACUUAUCGUACCAUGGACGUGCGUGGCUGGAUGGGAAAUCUGCAAGUCCAUCAGAUGUUGCAUUUGGAAAGCAAGUGGUAACAAGCACACAGCCAUCAUCCGGAGCUCCAGCCACGUCUUGUGGCUCUUCCCCCCAUCAUCCUAUGACACGUUCCUCUUACUACUCACCGACCUUGCCAAUCCUCCUGUCAGGAAAAGAUGGAGGGUUACAAAUAUCAAAUGGUAUUUCUAAUAAUUUGGGAGUUUCUAAUUUCAUCUCAGACAACCAGAAGCAAAUGAACCCCUUUGGACACUCACGGCGUGAUUCUUUGACUAGUAAGGAGGGGCAGCACUGUAAAUUCCCUGUUAAUUUUUCAUCCAACUGGUUAACGCAGCACGAUGUUUUAAGUGGAGACCCUGAAAUGUGCCACAGGUUUCAAAAAAAGCAAACCCAGGAAAACAGUAACAAAGAUGAUAGAAGAAGCAGAAGGAACUGGAUCCCUCAUUUUGGAUAUGCAACCCCAAACUGCCAGCAGUUCAAUGUGCUCCAAAAAAGCCAUGAACAGAAUGGCAGAAUUGUGUCAGAUUUUAUCAAUCCUUCUUUUUUUCCUUCCUUCCCAUUAAUGUCUGAUUUUAAGCAAACUCCCAGCUUUUCCCCAUUUAAUCACCAUCUGUUUUCGUUGGCAAAUAACUUCAGUUUUCCUCCUUCACCUUUUCCCUUCUCAGAACUUGUUGAUCUUCUUCAUUAUGAUGAUUUUAACCACUUGAAUCCCUUCGUCAGUGAUCUGUUUUGUGGGGAAAUAGCUGCACCAUACUUUGCCUUUCCAAUGCUGUUUAACAAGUGCAGGCCUCCCAGAAGCCGCAGUGGACCUGCUAAUGAGCUUCACACCCGACUGGAGGAGUGCUACGAGCAGUGGAGAGCUUUGGAGAAAGAGAGAAAAAAGACGGAGGCUGACCUUGCAAGGAACUUUCCAGGAAAGCGCGUUUCUAGCUCGAAUAACGCUCCUGUGCCUCGGCUCCCUGCCAACCCGUCACGCGUCGAUCGUCUGAUCGUAGAUCAGUUACGAGAACAGGCCAGGGUGCUCACCUUAAUAGGGAAGAUGGAAAUGCUUUGUGGUGCCCCUGUGCACAGUAACGUAUCCGCUGCCUUGAAACACCACCUGGCAGCCAUCCACGUGACGCAAGCGAGGCGGAGGGAUGAGAUUGUUAACGCUGUUAAUCCGCAGAGACAAGGAGCGCUGCGCUGUAACAAUGACAGAGAUGUUGUGGCUCUGGCAGCUGCCAUCAGAGAGUUGGCUGCUUCCACGCGCAGGGCUCGCACUGCCUUGUGGUGUGCGUUGCAAAUGACUUUGCCAAAACCCUCCCAAAGUGGCCUGGUAAAACAAGAAGUUGAAGGGACAUCCCAAGAGCUUUGUCCUCCAGACACAAGCAUGCAAGGAGAUGACAGCGUGGAGCAUGAAAACACAAGAAGCAAAGAAGAAAAAUCUGAGGAACCCACGAGGAUUCUGGAAUAACAGCUAAUAGUAAUAAUAAUAAUAAUAAUAAAGGGAAGCAGAAGGCUGAGAAAGGGGGGAGAAGGAUGAAGUGGCCUCUGUUAAACUGAUGAUGUUUUCCAUAGGUUAUCAGAAAACCAGAAGGUUACAAUUGAUCAGGGCUGCUAUUCUGUUACUGUGAUUCUGGUGUUGAGAGACACGUUCCUUACUAGUGUUAAUGCAAUGUUAAUACUGCUGGUAUUACAAUGUCUGCUACAUUAGAAUUUUAUUAAGAGGAUCUAAACAAUAGCUGAGCGUUUCCUUGUCUGCUUGUCCAAAGCUACGUAUCAGCUGUGAUUCAAGCCAUGAGAACCUGAGAAACCAGUGUGGUGGAACUUAAUGCUCUUAAUUCUGCGUUAAUGAUCUGGUUUCCCAUUCUGAAAAGAUGGGGAAAAAAUAUCACUUGAAAGCUGUUUCAUUCAAGUUUGGAUUUGUUUUGCACCAUUAUGUAGUUGUUUUCAGUGCCAAAGUGUAAGCUGUUAGCAUCCUGUCACGGAGCAAUCCCUGCUCCUGUCUUGUUUCUGAGUUGAGGAAUUUGGGUUACUGUUAAGUUCAAGAAUAAUUGGCGUUUAAUGUUGGUUGUGUGAGAUGCUUCAGCAUUUGUGCUGCCAGUUUCUAGCUAAACCAAUGUAGACUGAGAUUUCCUAUGUCUUAUUCCAUGGAACAACACGUGUUACAUCUUAAAAACAAGGAUUUUGUGGACUUGCAGUAAGUACUGCACUGAGGUACGCAAAAUUGUGACUCAGGAUUAGAUGUUAUAUGUAUUUAUUUCUCGCUGGGUUAUAAGCCAGUAACUAUACAGCAUAGUAUGCACUUAACUGAAAAAUAUUCUUAGUCGUGUAAGCUCAUAGUACUAAAGACUUUCAGAAACAUUCCAUAUUUAUUUUAAUGUUUAUUGAAUGUUUAUUUAAAAUUCUAUUUUAGUAAUAGGCAGUCGGAUCUUUUGCCAAACCUCCCAAGUAAUCAGAUGUAACAAUUUACUCAGGAAAUAUGUCUAUUCUUACAGAAAUAUACCCAUGAUACGUGGGGAUUCUUGGGGGGGGGGGGAAGGGAUGUUUGCAAGACAUUUACCCAAAGCUAGCUAUGUACUAGGUUACCAAAGCUACUGAACUGAUUCCUUUUCUGCGUGGAAGAUUUCAUGUAUUGCAUUGCUGUUACCUGGUCUCCGUUCUGUGGCUUAGACAAUCAGAAGUGUUGUGUGUCAGUGUGAAUGUUCAGGGUGUGAAUUAGGAAAGAAUGAGUAAUUCCAGUUUUCUUCUUAUGGCACGUAAGUAUUUCAGUGCUUUAACGACUGUCUUAAUGCAACACAGUCUCUUACAUGUUACUGCUAACCAGCUGUGGCUCUCAGCCAUUAGUGCAUUAAUGAAGGGCUUUGGAGAGCAGUUUGUACUUCAAAAGUGAACUAAGCACGAGGAAAGUUAUUGGAAGGCAUAAAUGAAGAUCUGUGUUCCAUAGUGUUCUAUGUGAAGUUUGACCUGCUGUGGGUAAAUCCAGAACUGUUUCCAUAGAUAUGCACUAGCAGAAUGUUCCAAGACAGUUCUGUAGUUCUGGAGCUGUUUCUCUAUAGAUGCAGUGCCAAAAGUACAGUCAUUAGCUGGAAGGAGGUGGUAAUGAUAUCACUUGGUGGAUAAGUCACCCAGGCCUCACUGUAACCCACUGAAUGAAGUUCAGAAACUAGAGCUGACAGAAAUCAGAAGGUGAGCACAGCAAGGUGCCCCUCCUCCCAGCCCUCCCUCCCCCAGGAGAAAGUGAAUGGAAGCACAAUGAACAGUUUUCAGCUUUAACCUGAAAAACUGGAGGGCGUUACUUCGAGUGCAGGGGUUUUCUUUGUGCAGGUGCAACGUCUUCGUGCAAAUUAAGCUGGUAAAACUGGAUUUGAGAAAAUGAUUCCCUGUAUUUCACAGCUGAAAAGGUGGAGUCUGCAGUAUUUCAGUCAGUGGCUAAGUUUUAAUGAUGAUUACUGCAGUGACAGGAAGGCAGAACUUGAAAGCCUUGGGCUCUGCCUUUCUGCUCACAGAACAACUGUGAUCCUGCAGCAGUGGCUGUGUGGAGUGUGGUCACUCUCAUUGUGUUGCUGUGCAUUAAUCAUUAUUCUCAAGGGAUGUUCUUAACUGAUUCAUAAUACAGUUAAUGUGCCCUCAACACUGUUUCUGAGCUCAGUGAGUAACGGUAUGCUCACCUCUGUUUUGCAUUGCUGUUUAAUAACCCACUUACAAAGAGUUACAGUGUGGCUGCAUUUGACUGGAGCUAACAACUAGGGUAGGCUGGCAGUGUUGUGCACCAUUGCUGUGGGGAGUUGUCACAGACCACAUGUGUCAGCAUCACGUUUUCCUUGCGUGCCCCACGUGUGCAGGCACCGUGUGCUCCUACCUCUGGCACUGCUCUGGCUUCUCCAGCCCUCAGGUCUUUGUACCAAAGUCCCUUUGUCUCUUUAAAAUCCUGAAGUGUAGACAGCAUUGGACCUAUAAAGACAACAGCACUUUCAGAAUACUUCAGUUCUGUUGCUUCCUUGCACACCCUUGUAUAUUUCAGGGGAAAUAGCACUAUAUUUUGUAACUUCACCACUCAGCACUGCAGUAGCUGCGUCACAGUCAUAAAAUAUUUUCAGCUGUUUUAAUUGUGCAACAAUCUCAAGAUAGGUGUUGCACUGAAUUGUUGGUGUGAAUGAGAAUCAUGCUCCUGGCUUUAGGUGCUGAUCGUACUCACGUUUGCUGACUUCACUGGGGGCAGAGCUUCGGGCUGGAAGCUUGCACUUAACCCAGAGAGGUGUCUUCAUUUCAGAGUUUGUAUUCAUUUCUUAUUAAUAUAUUUUUCUUCCCAUUUGUGAAGCAGUCGGCUAAAAUUACUUUGCUUUGUUUCCCUGAAUAGCUCUACUGAGAUUUAAUUUAUUUUUUUCCCUGGGUUGCAGUUUACAUUUUUUUGAAUGAGCUGUAGCAGUGACGCAGGACUGCUCCCAUGUAAGGAAACAAGAUGCUUCAGAGUCCCCUCUCAAGUCCCAAUUAUUGCUAAGUUAGGUGUUCUGAUAGUUUGGAGUUGAUCUGCCAUAUUUUAAAAUCCCAAAUUGAGAGUCCAGUGCAAGAUAAAACUUAAGAAUCUGUUACUUCUGCACACUAAGAACCACUGGAUCCUUGUGAUUUGACCUUGCUGUUACCCAGAAGGAAGGGCCUGUGCUGGAGCCAGGAUGUCUCUUCUGGUAGCAGGUUUGGUGUCCCUGCUUUUCUUCAGAUUCCACAGAUCCCGAUGGAAAUUAAAGGAAUCUGAUGGGAUUUAAAUAAACUAACACUAAGAAGUUUGCAUUACUUCGUUGCUACUUUCCCUGGAGCGAUGUGCAGGGAGGCUGUGUGGGCUCAUGCUCUUUGUCUUGCUGGGCUGUUUUCAGAAGUGUUUGGCAGAUUGAAUUGUUCCCGAGCCGCUGUUGUUGCUUUUUCUUCCAGACUAAAUAUUUUUUCUUUGCUGUUGGUAUUCACCGUCGCCGUUAACCUCGUUCCUCUCUACCUGGGCAUGCGUUUGCCUUGGGAAUAGCAAAUUGCCUUGGAAACCUGGGAACGAUUUGCCUUACAGCACAGAAGCUGUUGGCUUCGUGUAGGAUGUUGGACUUUGGUGUGGUGGUUCCUCUUCUAUAGAGGUUAUGCAACAAACAAACCUUAAGCCUGUAUACAUUUCUUUAAAGCUUAUUUCCCUACCUGUUCUGAGAGCUGAUUUUGUUUAACUCUGUUCAGGGGUGAUGUCAAAAUGCUGCAUGUUGCAGCAGCCCUAAGCAGCAGUGUUCUGAGGAUUUUGUUCUUAGCGUUGUUAUUGAUCUGAUGGUGUGUUUGAUUGUAUUUUAGGGCCGCUGUAUCCUAUAUUAUUUUCAUAGCACCAUUAAGGUGGAAAAACUUCAGGAUUAUUUAACUCUUAAAAACUGCGCACGAUAUUGGACAAGAAUAAUACUGCACAUCGGUGAAUGGAUGAGAGCAAUUGACUUUGGAAUAUCUAUAUUUAAUUAUAAUUAUUUUUAAAUUAGUUCACUAGGCUACUGAAGAGAUGGGUGCUGUGCCCCUGCUUCCACUGAAGCCAGCAGCUUUGAACAUUGGAUAUCAAGAAACUCUGCAAGCGUGUGUUCCUGACCUUCUUGUUUCCCCCUGUGCUGACAAACGUGGAAUUAGCAGGGUUGUUUCGCUUGCAUUUAAAGCUGAGGAAUGGGCCCAGAGCGGGAGCUUUGGCUGAAUUGAACGUGUGGGUUUCUGAGGAUUUUGCACCUUGUUUCUCUCCCACUUGCUUGGACAGGAAUUAGCCGCCGCCAUCCGAAGGCCUGGGUUUAUUUCUGGUGCGGUUCAUUGUCACCAGCACUCCCUGUUUUGUAAAUGCAAUAUGAAAUUAGGCAUCCCUUAUUACUUGUUAUAGAUUACUUUCUAAUUAAAAAAAAAAAGCACUUUCCCAGUCAAUUUCAGUUAUAUAAAACAGAAGGUCAUUGUUUUUCUUCAUUAGCAAUGCCGUAAUCAGAGGUGCGAAAAAUGGGUGUUGUCUGUGCUGUUAGAGACCAGAAAUACAUGGGGUUAGGAGCGACUCCUAAAGAUUUGAGGAACUGGAGCUAUAAAUCCUCUCUGCUUGUUGGCCAAAUGAGUGUUAGAAAGGAAAUUAUCUGCAUGUGGUCUUUUAAAAGCGAGUUAGAAGGGGCAAACAGUCAGCUUGCAAUCCUUGCCAGGUGGAAGUCACUUUACAGUUUUUUUUACCUGUAUAAAGUACAACCAGUUUAAAACUUGUUUAUGCACAGUAAUGACUCAAUGAGCGUAUUUUUUCACAAAAUUAGGCUGUUUCCAUUAUGUAUGGGGAAAAGUAAGUUUCCUUUUAUUUUUUUAUGGCCGAUAUACGAAGAUGAAGUGUCUAUAUUUUAAUAUACUAGUUGGAGUCUGAAGCAUCUUUCACGUGUUUGCUGAUCAAACUCAUUUACUUCACAGCAAGUCUGACACUGCUGGUGUCACACUGCUGCAGGAGGACUUUGUGAGCUGAUCCAUUCAGCAGAUCCAGCAGGAAGAUGUGGAAGUAUAAUUUAGCUAUUUAAAAACUAAAAAAAAUAAUUGCUGGUGGUGCAACAGCCAAAGGAGAGGAGAAGGUUUGUGCUGCGUGUGUGAGAGUCUCAGCAGUGAGAGAAUGCUGUACUCAAUAAUGGCCAGUGUAAUUUAUUAGGGUAUUAUGUAUGUGAUUGGUUCCUUUUAAAUAACCAGCUGUGUUGUAUGCCUCCUUAAUAAAUAGUUAUGGCUUGUUGUUUCAUUUA